AUAACAUAGCUGGAAGAUGGCGUUAACCACCAAUAUAAAGAAACUUCAGAUAUCAGAUAUUCUUUCUUUUUGUCACUUUUGUCACAGCUUUUAAGCUGGGUGUGUGUGCAUUCAGCAUACAACAUGACAUUCCCUGUCUUUUUUUUAGUACUGGCAUGCGGUUUAUCUUGUCUGAUUAGCUGUCCUAUUUUGUUUGGCAAGCAGGGGUAUUUUAACUGCCCGUCUGGCAUACUGGCCCCACCUGUGUGAGGUGGAGGUAGACAGACACUAGCCUGGUAUGAGUAAGAACAAUUGUCAUGCUAAUGUGGUCACGCGUGGUUAAGAGCCAGUUCCAGGCUGUGGCUUGUGAAUACAGCCUCAGCAGGAUUGUCAGCCUGCAUUGCCACUAAGCCAUGACGGAAAACAAAAUCCACGAGGCCUACGCUAGCCUGAUGAGGGGUGUCCAGCAGCUGGACCUCAGCGGGCCAUGCGUGCCCAGCGACUUGGUGCUGAUCGGCCACGACGCCUUCCCGCUGGCCAUGAACGCCCGGGGACAGGUCCUGAUGGCCGCCUCCUUCUACGGGGACGGCCGGCUGGUGGUGCUGGGCCACGAGGCCUACCUCACCGCCUUCCCCGCCCUGAUGGAGAACGCCCUGGCCUGGCUGGCCGGUUCCCCGUGCUCCAGCACCAGGGUGGUCGUCCAUCCGGGCUGUAAGGGCCUGGCCGACGCCCUGGGCGGCUCCAGGCUCCGGCCCGAGGUGGGCGCCUUCAGCAAGGACGAUGGGGUGUACGUGACCGACGCCUACAGCGUGGGCCCCGACGUCAGGGACAUGGUGGCUUUCAUGAAGGUGACAAAGGGCGGGCUGCUGAUUGCCGGACAGGCGUGGAGCUGGGCGAAAGACAACCCGGGCCAGAACACCCUGCAGGAUUUCCCGGCGAACAAGGUGUCCAGUGUGGCCGGGAUCUACUUCUCUGAUCAGCCCGGGGAGCUAGGCACUUUCCCUGUGCCUCCACAGAUCCCUUCCAGCUGGCUCUCAGUGCCGAUAGGCAAGGACUUCAAGGACGACCUGGAGUUCCUUCUCCAGGGCGUGUCCGAGUUUGAAAUCCGUGGCGGGGCUAUCCCCUCCGAGGUUCUGGUGCACGGCCCUCUGGCGUUCCCCAUCGGCGCCACGCCGAACGGCCGGGCCUUCUUGGCCGGGGCGUACUAUGGCCAAGGCAGGGUCAUCGUGGUCACCCAUGAAGGAUACAUGGGCCAUGAGCAAAUGGCCCCCUUCUGGAUCAAUGCCCUCCGCUGGUUGGACGGAGGCCGCAAUGGCCCGGUCGGCAUCCUGCCUCAGCUGGACUUCGCCUUCCCCCUGCUGAGCCAGUCGGGUCUGCCCUGCCAGAAGACCGGCUUCAAAUCCGAUCUCAGCGUCUACGUCGGCACCUGCUACAGCGGCGACAACGCCCAGAACAUCCAGGACUUUGUGGCCGAGGGCGGAGGCCUGCUCAUCGGGGGCCACGCCUGGUACUGGGCCCAGACCCACCCGGGCCUGAACCCCAUGACGGAGUAUGCGGGCAACCGCAUCCUCAACAGGAUGGGUCUCAGCCUGCUGGGGAGCACCCUGGAAGCCGGUCGCAUCAAAGCCCCGGUGCCGGGCCAGAACGGCUCCGAGGGAUACCACUUCCGUCACCUGCUGCACCGCUUCGCCGGUCACGUGACCAGCGGCCAGGCGCUGACCGGGCAAGAGGAGGCACGCCUGAAGAAGCUCGGCGGCGACUGCUCCAACUACCUGAAGAUGCAGGCGCACGACAGCGCCUCGUACACCUCGGUGGUGGAAAUGCUCACCAACGUCCUGAAGGAGACGGGCAUCCCCCAGGUGGGCCAUGCCAGCCCGGUGAAUAAUGCCAAAGACCACCUGCUGCUCAGCGUGGGCCCGGAGGUGUACAAGGCGUGCCAGGACCCAGACGCCCUGUUGCCUUACCUGUUCAAGGACCUGAGCUUCAAACCCGUCUGGCCGAAUCACAGGGUCCUGAUCAGCUGCAGCGCAACAGGAGGGGAGCAGUGGCUCAGCACAGGCAUGUACCUGUCCCCUGGGAUGAAGACCCAUAUGGCCAUGCCACAGGAAGUCAUCGGGAAAGGCUGGCAGGUCCAGAUAGGCUGUCAGACCGACAACAUCGGCGGUGCUGGUGAGCUGCGGAGGGCGCCGGUGGUCCACGAGCGUUUUCCCAUCGACUCCCAGAUGAUGCAGGUGUGCAACCUGUGGGGGGGCCUCCUCUACCUGAUCGCGCCUCCCCACACCCAGGUAGAGGGGGUGGAGGUAGUCUUUCAGCAGGUCGUGCCGGCCCCCUACUACAAGUCUGGAGUGACCACACCUGCCGAAUGGGAAAUUCUGCGGAACGCCCCCUCCCCCUGGGCAGAGCUGGAGUUUGAGAACAUCAUCAUAACCCUCCAUUCCGAUGUCGUGCGACGUCUGGACCGCCCCGACCUGCUGGCGGCACUCUGGGACAACAUCAUGAGGGGUGUCGCUGACCUGGCUGCGGUCCCCGCCAAGUUCCCGCGCAAGGAGCGUUUUGUGGUGGAUGUCCAGAUUUCCCACGGCUACAUGCACGCGGGCUACCCGGUCAUGAUGCAGUCCGACGUCGCCUGGGCCCUGGUGGACCCCCUGGCCAUCCGCAGCUCCGGCAUCUGGGGGCCCAUCCACGAGCUGGGCCACAACCAGCAGAGGGCAGCCUGGGAGUUCCCGUCGCACACCACCGAGUGCACGUGCAACCUGUGGUCCGUGUAUGUGCACGAGGAGGUGCUGGGCGUGAAACGGGAACAGGCCCACCCAAACAUGAGCCUGGAGAACCGGCAGUGUCGUGCCAGAGACUAUGCUAAAGGAGGCCGGAACCUGGCAAGCUGGGACAUGUGGGUUGCCUUGGAGACCUACAUGCAGCUCCUGGACCAGUUUGGCUGGGGCGCGUUCAAGAAGGUUUUUGCUGCCUACCACACCAUGCAGAACGUACCCAAUGACAACAAGAGCAAGAUGAACCUGUAUGCCGAGGUCUUCUCCCUUACCGUCAUGAAGAACCUGUCUUCCUUCUUCAAGGCUUGGGGCUGGCCCAUAGAACCAGCUACUGAAGAGAAACUCUCCAGCCUGCCCGUGUGGAGCGACCACCCCAUGGCCCAGUACGACUGACCUCAAGCGGUGGUGAAUUACUUAAGUUUUGGGGAAAAAGGUCAGGGGUUGCUGGUGAAGGGUAGCUGGUGUUUGGUGAGCUGUUACAGAGAAGGAGUGGGACUGGAGCUCUGCUGGCCCAUUGUAGAACUGUUAACUGAAAAAUUAUUUAAACUCUGGUUUCCUAGAGAUUCAAUUAUAUAUCUAAUGCACCACAGAGUCUUCACAAUUACCUUUUUUAUUAAACGUAGUUGUGAUAUGUUGCUAUGGACGCCUUACACUUUCUGUGUUUUUGAUCAUGUAUAAAAAAGAGAAAUGAGAUUGUUUCUAAUUGCAUUAUUAUUCUCAUGUAUUCCUACAGAGGUCAUGUGAAGAAUAUUAAA